AUGUCAAAAACAGCAAGGCGGCUGAGUCAAAUUGUUUCUGUAGGCGAUGGCUCCUUCCCGUUCGAGACCAGCCUAAUGUCGUGCAAGUGUUGUAGAUACGGGCUGUCAGAGGUAGAUAUAUCUGCUGCCACAUUCAGGGUGCGGAAGCGUUGGCUUUUUACUAAAGUCGCCCAGGGAGCCCUUGAAACGACCAGAACGCCAAGAUCUUAUCCCCGUCAAGCCAGCGGAGCAGCCAAGGCGGGAAAGAGAGAUGUGUUGCGGAUCCAAGUUCUGGACAGUAAAGCGCCCGUUGUAACCCCCUUCCUGAGCCUGACACUGAGCCCGCACUGUGACACGGCAGAGUGCGUUGGAACUUCCAUGCUUUCUAAAAUUCAAUCCCCUGAGCUUAUCGGUUCGUUCCAUCUUGAGUUUAAUGUGGCCACGCUCCAACUUAACUUAAAGUUCAGACUUUUUGAUCCUCUUUUUUGCUGUCAAGCUGAAGAAUUAUUAGCCAAGCGCCGCCCAGACAUUGCCUGGUCCUGUCCACGCGUCCUUUUCUCAAAAUUCAUCUUGGCCCGCCCCCACUACGGCACAGUAGGAGAGACCGACCGACCCGAUUCGACCUCUGCCUCCCAAUCGCAGAUUUUACUGCGUCAUGGAGAGGAGGCCAGCGUCACAGUACUUACAUUCUCAAUUGACACUGGUACACCUCGCCGCCGGCAUAAGAGGACUGGCAGAAGCAGUCAGCUCACCAAUGUGCCGAUGUACCGUUCUGUCAAAAGUCAGCAAUUCUCGGCAUUGUCGCUCGUCCCUACUGUUGAAGAGCCCUAUUUACAGGAUGACAGCUCGUCCGUCGUAAACCUUAAGCGUGAUUAA